AUGCAGCUGGAAGUUCCCCGUUCUCCAGCUCCACCUGUUUGGCUUCCGAGCGUGCACUCCGGGGCCCCCCACGCCCCCAUCUCCCAGCUGCCACGGACCGUGCCAGAGCAGACCGGGAGAGACGGACAUCUGACGGCAGAGGGCCGAGUGCCGAGGGCGCAGCGAAUAAAAGCCAAAACUAUAAAAAUAAACAGCGCGGUGGCGGCACCUGCUGUCCCACCCCCGGGAAAAGCCGCGGCUUUUCCCGGGGUGAGGGCAGUGAGGUCCCCGUCACUGCGUUGUCCUCCCGGGCCAAAGUGCACAGCACCGCCCAGAGGCCAUGUCAGUUUUCCACCACGAGAGGGCGCCACCGCACCGCGGUUGGGACCUCUCAUGGUGGAGGAGCUGCAGCGCGUCUCACCUCUCUGCCGCAGGUGGGAGAAGUGGGCUGCGCUCGCAGCUUCACCCUGGGUGUUGAAGACGAUUUCGAGGGGUUACAGGCUGCAGUUUGCCGCUGUUCCCCCUCGAUUCGCCGGCAUAAUACACUCCCAGGCUCAGGGAGAGUCAGCUCGUGUUUUACAAGAGGAAAUCCUCUCACUGUUAAACAAAGGAGCAAUCUGUGUCGUUCCUCCCGCACAGUGUCAGAGCGGUUUUUACUCCAGGUACUUUCUGGUCCCAAAACGGGGGGGGGGUGGUAUUCGCCCUAUCCUGGAUCUACGUGCUCUGAACAAAUUUCUCAGGAAAUACAAGUUCAGGAUGCUCACACACGCAUCCCUGCUGCGCCUGGUGCGACAGAACGAUUUCCAUCCAGGCAAAUCUGUUCAAUUCAGAUUGUGUCUUCGAUUACUCGGACUGAUGGCGUCAGCCAUUCUCGUGGUCCGUCUAGGUCGCCUCCACAUGAGGGAAUUCCAGCUCUGGGUGGCCUCAUGCGGGCGGGAUCCCGUGCGUCAUGGCGCACGGAGAGUGUUGGUUACGCCGGGGUGCGUCAGGGCACUGCGCCACUGGCGAGCCCCGUAUUUUCUGACCCGCGGGGUGCCCAUGGGCUCUGUCCUGUCCAGGACGGUGGUCACUACGGACGCCAGCCUGACAGGGUGGGGCGGAAUUCACGAGGGCCGGUCGAUGAGGGGCCGCUGGAGUGUGGACCUCCAGCGGUCUCACAUAAAUUUUCUGGAACUUUCAGCGGUGUUCCUCUCCCUGAAACACUUCCUUCCGUCUCUCAUGGGCCAUCAUGUCCUGGUGAGGACGGACAAUACGACGACGGUAACGUACAUCAACCGCCAAGGGGGGUUGCGCUCUCGUCAGUUGCACAUGCUGGCUCGCAGACUGAUCCUGUGGAGCUGCGGUCGUCUCCUCUCCCUGAGGGCGACGCACGUCCCGGGAGCUCUGAACACGGGCGCGGACCUGUUGUCCAGGGGCGCGCCGGUAUACGGGGAGUGGACUCUGCACCCGGUGAUUGUGGAACAGAUAUGGGCCCGUUAUGGUCGGGCCGCGGUGGAUCUGUUCGCGUCAAGAGGAAACGCGCAGUGCGCGCUGUUUUACUCUCUGCGCAGCCUGGAUGCUCCCCUCGGCAUAGACGCACUAGCGCACGUCUGGCCGCACGAGCUUCUUUACGCGUUCCCUCCCCUGGCCCUGUUACCCCCCACUCUAUCCGGAGUGAGGGACCACGGCCACGCGCUGAUUCUGAUAGCUCCGCAUUGGCCUGCGAUGCAUUGGCUGGCGGAGAUAUAUCGGUUGCUGUGCGCGCAACCUUGGCAGCUCCCGCUGCGCAGGGACCUGUUAUCGCAGGGGGGGGGCGCGGUUUUCCACCCGCACCCAGAACGCCUGGCGCUGUGGGUUUGGCCCCUGAGUGGUUCAAUUUGUCAGCGGUGGGACUCCCACAGCGUGUGAUUUCCACUAUACAAAGUGCUCGAGCCUCUUCCACUAGGUCUCUGUAUGACUGUAAGUGGAGAGUGUUUGAGGACUGGUGUCACAGAAAUGGCCAUGUUCCUUUUCAGUGUCCAGUGGGUGUGAUAU